UUUUUUCCCAAUUAAGAAAGGGCCCAUCAGUCUUUUUUGGAAAGCUUAGUCACUAUAUUGCUUAUAUUGAUAUUGCUUAUGAAUAUGUAACAACUCAUUUGCGGCGAAUUGACCCUAUUAUCUCUUGAACAAAGAUUUACGUCAAACUUUCGUGACACCGAGACACUAUACACAAAGCUUUAAACACCAGAGGACAGUCAUUUCCUUUUCAAUGCUAACGAAACGUUAACUUGUGAAACAGAAGUCUUUCUUUCGGCGAGGCACGACAGCACGCUAUGGAGACGAACACGCUCAAAAACAGGGCUUCAAACUUACCAGAUAAGAGAGCUGAUAAAGAGAAACAUGAAUCCGAAAACUCUAAAGUUUUGUCAUCAGAUCGAACAGUAUGGAUUGUUUUCUUCUCCCUUCUCAUCGACCUCCUAGCUUUUACAGUCAUUCUACCGCUUUUUCCAUCAUUACUGGAGUUCUAUGCAAACAACAAGCAGGACAGUUUAUAUCAUGCAAUCAUGCAAAGAGUCAAUACAUUCAGAGAACUGUUAGGAAUGCCAGAUGUUGAACGCUUCAAUGUUGUACUGUUUGGAGGUUUCCUUGGAUCACUGUUUUCUCUUCUUCAGUUUAUCUGUUGUCCUUUGAUUGGUGCAAUGUCAGAUUUUUUUGGAAGGAGACUGCUACUUAUGCUUUGUAUGGUGGGAGUAUUGGUUUCAUAUGCUGUAUGGGCAUGUUCAUGGAACUUCACCAUCUUUGUGAUAGCCAGGAUCAUCGGCGGUUUGUGUAAAGGGAAUGUGACAAUUUCAACAGCUAUUAUUACUGAUGUAACCACUGUGAAAAAUAGAGGCAAGGGAAUGGCUCUUGUGGGGAUUGCAUAUUCCUUUGGAUUCAUUAUUGGACCAGUUGUUGGAGCUGUUUUUGCUAAGAGGUCAUCUCUCGAAAGUGGAAACCCAUAUCUGUUACCAGCUCUGUUUGCCAUCACUUUGACAGUAGCAGAUUUGAUGUUUGUCUAUGUGUGCCUCAGGGAAUCUCUUCCUAAAGAGAAAAGGGCUAAGUCUUUGGUUUCUGAAUUUAGAAAUGCCAAUCACCUUAUCAACCCUGUAUCAUUGCUAAAGUUUGAUGCUGUAGAUAUACAAUCCAGUAAGGAAGAUUUAAACACAGUUCGUGGCCUUGGUCUGGUGUAUUUUCUGUUCCUCUUUUUCUUCUCUGGACUUGAAUUCACAUUAACAUUUUUAACACACAAGAAUUUCAAGUAUUCAAGUAUGCAACAGGGGAUGAUGUUUUUCUUCAUAGGAAUUACUAUGGCACUUGUUCAAGGUGGUUAUGUCCGCAGACAAACCCCAGGUACAGAAAAGAAAACAGCUCUUAAGGGUAUGGCAGCCAUCAUGCCCGCAAUGGUCAUUGUUGGUUUGGCAAAGACCAUCACUACACUUUACAUGGGGCUCACACUGUUUGCAUUUGGUUCGGCAACAGUGGUACCAUGUUUGACAACCAUGAUUUCCCAUCAUGGUAAUGCUGACCAAAAAGGAAAAAUCAUGGGGAUAUUCAGGUCUCUUGGAGCAUUUGCUCGAGCCAUUGGCCCCUUUGUGAGUUGUACAGUCUACUGGAGUGUGGGGCCCUUUUGGUGUUACUUCGUUGGUGCCCUGCUGUUUAUGAUCCCCAUGCGGAUUUUGGUGAAGCUGCCUGCUUGAAUGGGUUUCCAGGGAAGAAAAUGAAUCGAAGAGAUCAGUUGAAUAAGUUUUGUAAAUUGGGAAAUCCAUUUAAGGGAAAGGGUCAAAGGUUUUCGUAGAUUUCAUUUAAACACAGAUUACAGUUAAACUCCAAUGUAACGGGGAUCUCAUUCUUACCAACGAUUUGAUGUUUAAGGUAGUGAAAUUCAUUGGAAAGUAACAUUUAGGUUUGCGUUAGGGGCUCCACUCUUUCUCAGUUUAGCAAGAACAGGGAGUAACUGCAGAAUACCUUGCCACUUUGGUCCACCUCAUUUAGAUGUGUUGUGAGGCUUUCGAGAACGAGGCUCAACACAGUAGACGCUAUUCAAUGACAUGUAAAUGAGUGGCAGGGUAUUGUGCAGUUUAGCCAAGAACAGGUUCAAGUUCACUAUUUGAGUCUCAUAUGCAUCAAAUAUAUAUAAAAUUAUCGAGAGGCAAAUUUGGAAAUGCGUGAGUUAUUCUGUUUGUUGUCCAACCUGUCAUGAAUUAUCGAUUUCUUUAUCUUGGAGAUGCACCUUAAUUCUGUUCACAACUGACUAAUUUUCACAAUAUAUGUAUUUUAAAAUGAAUUAAAGGUUAUAAAGAUAAAAGCAAAUCUAAAAGAGUAGAGCAUGCGUGCCAGGUGGGAUGUGGCGCGGAAGAGACGCCCAGAACAGCUGGCUUCCGGCAUUAGGAUAGUAAGACCUGUUGAAUUGUGAACUUAGGUGAUCAAAAAAUUUCGUUGUCCUUGUAAGAAAAUAUUUUUAUACAAAUGUAAUGGCAAAAACAUGCCUUUAAUAAUAUUUAACCUGUGCCGAGACUAAAUUGGUGCAGUCUUUAUAUUCAGUACGAUUUUGUUGUUUAAAAAUAAAUAAGUAAUUUUUAAAGCUUCAA